AUGGGAAAAUCAAAGACCAAAUUUACUAGCAAUCCAAACAACGUGUCUCGUCAUGCCAAUUCCUCCAUGUCGGUCGAUGCUGUCGAUGCCAGCAGCAACUCCAAGCAACGGAUAGAGCAAGAGCUUGAUCUUUUACACGCAAGGAAACAAACCAUUGAUCUUUCAGCAGCAUCCAGUGGCAAAGUGAAAAAGAAGAAUGCAAAGAAAGGAGUCAAUGUUCGACAACAAAAGAAGCUCGCCAAAGCAUUAGCGAUUGCAGACAAGGAAGAGUUCAAGGUAGAAAAAGCUGUCACCAAGGCCGAGAAACGCAAAGCUAGAAAGAUGGUGUGGACAUGA